UCUGUAGCAGUGUUUAUUUUUACAGGAUAGGGUUGAUAGCCUCAUGCCCGACCUUUCCUCUCUACCAGCUUUAUUACUGGCUUAGCGAGGUAGACGAUUGCGUCGGCCGGGGAUCGAACCCCAGACCACAUGCAUGGUCGUUGAGGGUCCUAACCACUGUGCUACCGACGCACUUAUUUUUUAAUUUAAGGCUUUUUAUUUAAACAUUAGCUUUAUAUCCUAGAUGUUACACAGUACAGUAGGGUUGUAGUUCUAGCACGUAAGAUGUUUCAGUCAGCUCUGUAAUUGACUAAUGAAAGUCAUUGUUUGCAUCUCUUCCCCGGAUUGGUAUUUGUGUAUUUCACUUUAACAUUAUUCAGUUUUGUAAUAUUUUUAAAUAAAAAUGUUUGUCUGUAGGCGUGUUAGCCUCAUUUCCUAUAACACUUCUCGAAUAUAAAUUAGUACUAUUGAUCAUUUGUAUGUAUGGAUGUAGCGUAGCCAGUUUGUCUGUAUUCGACUAAAUGUAAACAUUUAGUGUUUAGGAGAAAAUGAUUUAAAACCAUGUAUUUAUUGAGGUCUUAUUUAAAUGACUCAUUUUUAUCUUAUACAAUGACAUUAAAGAUAUGUAAUAGUUUUACUAACAUGAUCUUAAUUUUCUGUGGGCUUUUUCACUCAUGUACAUCAAACAAAAUCGGUAUGAUAAACUAUUCACAUUUAACGCUUGUUUACUAUGAAGUUCAUUCUCUACUGAUAAACCUCAGAUAAUUCACUCGAAACAAUUAUCCCAACUGGAUAUCAGAAAUGUUCACCUGUUUCCUUAAAAUCAGAAGAAGAUGUAGUCUUUACAAUAAUCCUUUACGAGUUUUGUCUACUUCAAGUAAUGCGGAGUUGUCUUACAUGCAAAAACAGUAUUCUAUGCUGGACAAAGAAUGCAAGGAACGUGUAAGUACUUUGGAUCCAGUCAAUCCUCGGGAUAUAUUUGUAAAUAAUGAAGUAAAACUGGGAAAAGUUCAAGUUUAUGGCUUCGAUUAUGAUUACACGCUAGCUCACUACACAUCUGAACUGGAUAAAUUUAUUUUCAAUGAAUCGCGCACCUGGCUUGUUGAGCAAAUGAAAUAUCCUGAAGAAAUUCUGAACUGUGAUUAUGUGGAAUUUGCCAGGCGUGGUUUACAUUUUGAUGUAAAAAGGGGACUAUUAAUGAAAGUAGACGCUUUCCAUCAUAUUCAACUGGAUACUGUUCAUCGUGGCUUUACACUCCUAUCACUGAAUGAAAUCCUAAAUGUUUACCGUGGAAUUCAUCUGGCUAGUGAUGUUUUGAAACAAAAGAUAACACCCAGUGAUACUGUUAUGCUUCAGUUAAUGGAUUUCUUUCGAUUGCCAGAAAUCAAUCUUCUCUGUUCAAUCAUCGCUUUUUUCGAUAGAAGUGGUAUAAACUACAAACCUGUGUAUGUUUAUCAAGAUGUUUCUACGGCUGUAGCACGGAUUCAUAAGUCUGGUCUCCUAGGUCAAACAGUCAUGUCUAAUCCAGAAAAGUACAUAGUAAAAGAACCUCAACUGCGUAAAUUUUUAUGCCGAUUAGUGGAGAAUGACAGGAAGCUAUUUGUGAUAUCAAAUAGUUCAGCUGCAUACAUUGAUCGAGGACUAAGAUUUUUGAUUGGAGAAGAUUGGCAAGAAUUAUUCGAUGUAAUCAUUUCUCGUGCAAACAAACCGACCUUUUUUAAAUCACAAUUGGGUCAGUUUCGACGUACUGAUGUGGGUGGUACAUUUAAACACUGGGAAGCAGUACAAGGAUUUAAACGAGGUCAAAUGUAUGAAGGAGGUUGUUUGGAACAAAUGAUUAAACUUACUGGAUGGUCUUCAGCAAGCAUAUUAUACUUUGGAGAUCAUGUGUAUGCAGAUCUUGCAGAUGUGGCGAGUAUAUAUGGUUGGAUGACUGGAGCUGUUAUACCCGAACUGGAACAAGAACUCAUUGCUGCCAAUGAUCCUGACUUCAAAAUGAAUCUUAGACGCCUAAAAAUAUUGGAGAAGCUAAUCCAAGAGAAUCAACAUGUCACUUCACCCGAAGCUAAGUCAUUACUUGAACAAUGGUUUGAUGAACGAAAUGCUCUAAGACGUUCAAGUAAAUUUGUAUUUGAUCCUCAAUUUGGAAGUAUUUUUCGUUCAUUUCAUAAUCCUUCGUACUUUUCACAACGUCUUGGACAAUAUGCUACAUUGUAUACAUCAAGGAUAACAAAUCUACUGCACUUCCCGUUGGAUCAUGCAUUUUUCCCCAAGAGAACUGCUUUACCCCAUGAACCGGAUUGAUUUUUGAACUAUUUUUAAUUUAAAUAAUAAUGUAACCAGUUAUUUCUUUGUUUUUAUUGUGAAUUUCCUUUCACUUUUUGUCAAUAAUAACUUUCUCUUAACUGAAAUAAAAGUUAUUGUUAGUAAAUAUGAAC